GUGCAGCCGAUCCCGCAGCAUGCUGUGGUAGAAGUUCACAAAGCGCGCGUGAAAGGCAGCGUGAUGGUCGUGGCGCAUUGGAUCUUUAAACAGUCGGUGCCAAACGCAGAAAAGGAAAGAAUCGAAAGGAGGAGGGAGAUCACGCAUUCACCCCUGCUGACUCUCCAUUUGACAGAAGCCAAUGCAGAGAGGCGCACUCAGAUCACUACAGACAACCUUCUGAGAAAAAACGCCGCAUGAAAUCCCACCUAUUAUGUAGGCUACACAACUCGUUUGUCUUUUUUUCUUUCCUCUGGACAAUUUUACGCACCCCAGAAGACUAAAGAAAACGCCGCAGAGAUGAGUGUUGCGCGGUCUGGUGUGCUUCUGAAGGAUUCCCGCUCCUGAUAUAGGGACCAAAGAGGACAAAACGAGGCUUUUUUUUCUCCCUAAAGAAGAUCGCAAAUGUGGAGCGAUUAGAAAAGGGCUGAUGAAGGGACUAUUAAUCCUUUCAGUGCAUCAAAAGCACCAAGGGGCAUUAGAAGCGUUUGGAUGGAAAUCGGAACUGUUUUUGGUUUUAUAUGAAACUGGUGAUUAAUUCUUAUGAGUUUUUUUUUUUUUCUUCUCUUCAACUUCACAGAUUUAAGGAGGUUUUUUUUCUUUCUUCCUUCCGGUAAGAGGUUUUAUAAAAGUUGAAUUAGCAAGAAAAAUCCUUCUCAUCUUUGACUUUUUUUUUCUUCAAGUUUUUUCUAAAUCUAAAUGGAAUUAGUUGAGUGUGAAGCCGUUUGUGAAAGAAACAGACAUGGUACAUGGGCACAGCUUCCUUCACGUUGUGGCAAGUCUACUCAUACUCGGGUUGUCUGGGGCAACAAAAAAGGAUACGGCUACAGUGAAAAACAAUUCUGGAGUAAAGCCUGCAGGUCAGUGUGGAGCGUGGGUAAAAGAAGCAGAAGGAGGACUCUUCACCUCCCCCAAUUACCCAAACAAAUACCCCCCCAACACUGAGUGUGUUUAUAUCCUUGAAGCUCCCCCAAGACAGUGCAUUGAUCUACACUUCGAGGACAAUUAUUCCAUUGAGUCCUCUUGGGAAUGUAAAUUUGACAACAUUGAGGUUCGCGAUGGACCGUUUGGCUUCUCCCCGAUACUUGGGCGGUACUGCGGUCAGCACAGCCCACCAGAUAUCAGGAGUAGUGGCCGAUACCUGUGGAUAAAAUUUGUGACGGAUGGAGAACUGGAAGGGGUGGGAUUUUCAGCAAGUUACAACUUCACAGCAGAUCCCGACUUUGCUGAUUUGGGAGUACCCCCACCUCUGCCCUCCUGUCAGUAUGACAUGGUUGGUCCAGAAGGUAUCGUUGAGUCCCAUCAGAUCACCAGAGAUGGGAAAGCUGGUGCCGCUGAGGCUGUCGACUGUAAAUGGUACAUCCGUGCUCCACCCCGUUCCAAGAUCUAUCUGCGUUUUCUGGACUAUGAAAUGGCAAACUCCAAUGAAUGCAAGCGCAACUUUGUAGCGGUGUAUGAUGGAGGAAGCUCUGUGGAAGACCUGAAGAGCAAGUUCUGCUCCACAGUGGCCAACGACAUCAUGCUGGUGUCCACGCUGGGAGUUAUCCGGAUGUGGGCGGAUGAGCUCAGCCGCAAGAGCCGCUUCCGCAUCCUUUUCACAACCUACCAAGAACCUCCAUGUGAUGCUGAUGCCUUCUUUUGUCACAGUAACAUGUGCAUAAACUACACUCUGGUGUGCAAUGGCAUGCAGAAUUGUGUCUACCCCUGGGAUGAGAAUCAAUGCAAAGAGAAAACUAAUACCAAAUUCCUGGACAAUCUGAAUUCCACAAAUGGGGCCAUAAUUGGUGUGACUUGCUGCAUCGUCUUCAUCCUCCUCAUUGUCUCGGUAAUUGUUCAGAUAAAGCAGCCGCGUAAAAAGUACAUCUUGCGACGAGAAGACUUCGACCCCACCAUGUUUCAGGAGGUCUUCGAGCCCCCUCACUAUGAGCUAUGUACUUUACGGAGUGCUGCCACACCCACAGCAGCCUCUGGAGAUUUGGUUGACUUGGCGGAGGACUUCGAGAACUACCAUGCCCUCCGCCAGGCCUCCUCCCGCUGCAUCCAUGACCACCACUGUGGCUCCCCCUCCUGCCCUGGAUCCGCGCACAUAUCGCAGCUAUCGCUGAGUGGGCGAGGGAGCCGGAGUAACUUAAGUGCCCGUGACUCAGGGGCCGCGGCAGCUCUGCUCGCAGACCUUCCACAGCCGCCCAUGUCUGUGCGGCCGCUGCUGCCAGCCACAGGGAACCGCAGGAGCAUCUUAGUCAUGAAGCACAGCUACUCGCAAGAGGCGGCAGACAAUGGGUGCGACCUGGACGAUGACCUGGAAGAAGUUCCCACGACGAGCCACCGACUGUCGCGCCACGAAAAGGCAGUACAGCGGUUCUGCCUCAUUGGCUCUUUGAGCAAACAUGAAUCAGAGUACAACACAACUAGGGUCUAGGAGACAAUCCCAAGACUUCUUGAGAAUAGUGCUAUCCUGGAACAGUACGAACGGGCGUCACUGACACAUGACAAAGCGGAGCGGAGAUUUACACCAGCAUGAUGCUGAUGAUGAUGAGGGGACACUUUAAUGAAAUGGAUACUGGAGAUGUGUUCAUGGCAAAGAUUACAAAGGACUAGAUGGAAAUACUCUAGCCACAAUGUUGUGAAGGACGGAUAUCUGAAAAACAGUCAUCUGUGCUGCUGAUGCAGUUUUGUGACUUUUAUAGAAGGAACACAGUUCAAGGAUCUCUGUUUGGGCUGCGAAACAUCUGUGUUUCAACAUAAAUUCCUUCUGACCACAAAAGAAGUUUGAUUGAACAUAUCUAAGUUCAUUUUUCAGCAUGUCUUUUUUUCAGUCAAUGGCAUACAUGUUAUGAUUUUCACAACAAAUUAUACAAGCUUGCAAUUGGUCUAUUCUCUUUGAAUUUAACUCUACGUAUUACUAAACUAUUUUUUUAUUUUGGGUUUAUGAAAGCUCGGUUUUAUGUUGGAUAACAAUCUAAGGUAGAGGUGUGUGGGUUGUGCAUGCUCUUUUAUUUUCCAUUAGACCAUUAACGUACUAACAUUAAAGUUGAAAAGAGAAACACUUAUUCAUACACCGUAUGAGCUUCAGAUGCUAUUUAAAUAGCAUUCACAAAUGAGUCAAAUACAUUGCAUGGUGUGUGGGUAAAUCACUACACGGCGUUCUUCAAUCAUAUUUUCACAAUCUAAUUUGAGUUUGACGUUGCUGUCUUUUGAUAUGUUGACUAACUUUUUGACUUAAACUUUUACUUUAAAAUGAGCCUUUUUGACAAAUAUUUAACUCUGACUGGCUUCUCUUCUACUGAAGCUCAGUAUCUUUGUAUGAAAACAGACUUUUAUAAUAGGAAAAAAUGAAGUGUUAUACAUUGUUCAACUUAUCUGUCAGGGCUUAUUUUGCUGAUGCUUUUUAAAAUAAAUGCAAUGCUUAUUCUUUUCUUUGAUUCAUUAGAUGUCGAUCAGUUCCUUCAUGUGUCCAUUAAGCGUGUCCUCAGAUUGUUGAACAAACCAUUAAUAUCUCAAAAUCCCAGACUUUUUAUUAAUACCUGUAACAGAUUUAGUUGUGACAUAAUUAUUUAAUAUUGUGUAUUUCUUCUGAUUGAAAGUAAGGUUAACAUUUUGAGGGGGCCCAGCCAGAAUGUGUGUGUCAAAUUUAUUCUGUCACUGUUCUUGGAAAAUCAUAAUCUUAUCUUCCAUUGAUAUAUGAAUCUUUUCUUUUUCUAUGUUUAUUGGUUAAUUAGAAAAUACUGUAUGCUCAAAUCACUUGUGUGUCAACUACUUCAUAUCAAACUGACAAAAUCGUGAUCAGUGAAGACGAAGAAUUUGGAUAGCUUAGCUUGUAUAAGAUUAAUGUUAUUUAAUUUAAGUGUUAUUUUAUUGCAGUAAUAUUUUUGAAUAGCAUUUGCAUUUAUUCCAAUGCCAAUGACAUUAAAUUGCAAUGCACAUGCAAUUUAAUGAAUGUGCAUUCCAUGGUAUUUUUUUAAAUGCCUAAGAAAGUUAUUUCAGCAUGGCUCUGCUAGGGAUUAAAUUAUAUACGUAUAAUACAGCAUAGGAUGCAUAGAAAAUUGAUGCCUGAUCAUAAUUUAUUUAAAACUAGGUAUCUUUGUAAGCCACUGAAACACAAUGCAGCUACUCAAGUUUCAUAGAAAUAUAUAUGUUUACAUAGCAAACAUGAAAAUAGCAUAUUUUGUGAUAUUGACAAUUUCUGCUUCUUGGCUUUUUUAAAACAACAAAUAAGAAUUUAUGUAUUAUUUACCUAAUUUUAAAAUGGAGCCUGGGCGAAAAUUCAAACUGGGAGACUCGACCAGCUUCACCACAUCAUCUAAUCACUACGCCCGACCGCAGCCAAUCCGGACCGGAGCUUCACGCCGCUCCAGCCAAUCGUCGUCCAAAGACACCUUCAAAAGUGUAACCUACCCUGGGGUCUUCCUGCUCGUCAGCCUAGCUUAGACUUUUGAAGGUGUCUUUGGACGACGAUUGGCUGGAGCGGCGUGAAGCUCCGGUCCGGAUUGGCUGCGGUCGGGCGUAGUGAUUAGAUGAUGUGGUGAAGCUGGUCGAGUCUCUCCAGAUUGAAAUGAUCUGAAGCCCAGAACAUUUUUGUAAUCAUAGUGUUUAUGUUUUUUCUGGUAUGUAAACAUUUAUUGAUGAAAUAGGGUGUACUUCCAUUAUCACAUGUCUACAAAAAAGAACAGUAUAGCUAUCCAAAUAGCUGGAAUAGUUUUGUAAGAAAAUACUAACAGAUAAAAAUGGUUUGUGUUUACAAUCAUGAGGAUUAUCAUAAUGAUUACACAUCCAUUAAUCAUAAUUAUAUCCUGGUCAUCAUUAUAAAAUCAACGUUACACAUUGAGCUUUAACAGUCAGUCGUUGGUGUUUCAUUGAGUCACAGUCCAGUAUGGAAAAAAAAUUAUUAGUCUGUUUAGCUGCAGCAGUUGUUUUUAGAUGGCUCCAUUAGUAAAAUAAAAUGACUUAUUUUAAGGUAAUUCUUUCUAAAAACCAAAAUAUUUUCACUUUUACCAAAUUUGUGAACACUGUUGACUUAAAACUAUUUUGUAUGACAUAACACGGCUUUGCUCUUAGGCUGAAGUAAUAAAUUUGACUCCGGUCUUUCCAAACCAUGAAUCUUUUUUUUUCUGUUGUUUUCCAUCUAUUCUGUCAUUAAUUUGAAUGGAUUUGUGUGCUUUAAUUUUUUGUCAUUUGGCAUGACUUAAUCUUUCUUAAACAAAGCACUAUGGUUUGCUGCCCCAACAUUCGCCUAAAUGUUUUUGGACCACAAAACUCAAUUUCAAGAGGUUUCAGAUAUAAAGUGAAAACUUUACUGUUUGCCCGACAUCAGAGCUGUAAGAUUUAAGCUGCCCUAGCAUGAAUGAUGCAUUAGAGUAACUGUUUUACACUUCAAAUUUCCCAAACCUCACAGUCCCACUCACACACAAGCACACACGCAAACACACGCCCACAUUUCCCCAACAAGGACCAUUUUGCUAAAAGCAGUCUAAUUUAUUAUAUCAGAUAUGAGUUAAUGAUUAACUAUACAGAUAAAGAUCUCUCAAAUAUUUUUCUCCCAGUUUAAUGACUUAUUACAUUUUAAGAUUUACAUAAUCAUAUUCCUGUCUAGAUAACUAGACAAGAUUUAACACUUAUUUACUGUUUAGUUUAACAUCAUGUUGCCAUUCGGUGUUAAACUAAAUGGGUGUUUAGUUUAACGCCCAUUCACACUAAAUGAGCGUUAAACUAAACCCAAUUAGUUUUACACCGAAUAGCAACAUGCAAAUGAGAUUAGAUUUAGCAUACUGUUGUGCAACAGGAAUUGUAUCAAUGUUUUAUGUAAUUAUGUAAACCCUAUUUAUUCACUAUUAAUAAAAUUAUUAAUAGAGUUUAAUUUUUUUUUUUUUUUUUUUUUUUUAGGAAAAAGAAAAUCCGGGCACCAUUUCACAGAAUCGUUAACCAGACUCGUCAGUCUGACGAGUUGUGAAUUGAAACCCACUGAACAGAUAAUACUUCACACAUUUACCUGAAUACACAACAACUUAUUUUAAAAGCUUCUGAAUUUAGAAACAAAAUUAGAGUCCCCUUACAGUCAAAACAUUCAGCCAACAACUCCCGUAUCGGACUACUAAUUAUGCAAUCUACUGCUCCACAGACAAUGAACAAUCAAGAUUCAAAUCGACUAACUAAUGAACUAUAAUUAAGGGAUGGAAUACUGAAAUAUACUUCAAGACUAAUGAGCUAAUUAAGAAUAUAUGUGAGCACAACAUGUGAGGGAAGACGAGGAGAAAGAAAAUGGGGAGGUGAAGAUGUCUAGCGUCACGGCAAGGAAACAACUUGCGCAAAAAGCAAUAAAUCUUAAACGUUUGGCCUCGCUUAGCCUUUAGAGCUACACAAAAGGCACAAAACGCAUGUGUGUCACUUAGGAGGAUUUUUCCACCGCCACUUUAUCUCUGCAGCUUGUGAUGAGUUUAUUACGGAAGAGGAUUAGGGCCACUGGAAAAAUAAAAUAAAACAGUUCUGACUUUAUUGUCAGGAUUCUGAGAAAAAUUCUGAGAAUAUAUAUAUUUAAAUAAAUUUGAAAUAUGAUAAUUUGUUAUGAUGAGUUGGUCACAUUUUUGGUAGUGAUAAGUGCAAAAACUAAAACAGACAGACAUAACUCUAACAUUCAAUCCACACUCUUUUGUGUAUAUUUUUUUCUUAGAGUUUUGUCUAAAUGUGUGGUUUUAUUUUCACUGUAACCACUAUCAACACUAUUUACUUUUAUUGUUAUUAGUGUGAUGUACUUCAUGCAUGAUUACAUUUGUGCUCUUUUCAUUACAUAAACACAGGGUCAUACACACUCUGACAAGUACCAAUAAAAUACUUUGUUUCUGUUCAUAAAUUGUAGACUUUUUCUGUUGUUUCUUAGUUCAUAAUCCAACAUCUAAAGAAAAUUCAAAAAGUAUCUAACACAGCUUGCACAAUCGCUAUGCAACAGAUGCUCAAAUGUACCCACAAACAUAAAUGCAAACCCAUCUGCCAGUUCUAAGGUGGAAGUGCUACAAUCUCUAAUUGAACAAAUCUGAAACGGCUCAAUCCGAGGCAGGCCAGGCAGCAGGUUGGAACGGAACAGGGCCUGGAGCAGAUUUUCAGUAAUAGUGUCUUUAUUUCUCUGCAGAUACAUCAGACAGAUGCAUCAUUCCACUGCAUCUUGCCAAGUUUGACAUCAUUUGGAGCUAAAGUUUCUCCCCUGUGUGCAUCCUCAGUGAUGAACUGUUACCCUAAGUAACUUUACUGCUGUAGAGUGUUGUGAUCAGAAUAUAUUUUUUAAGUUACUGAUAAAGUUUUUUCUUCCGUCUUCUUCUUUGCCUUGGAUGAUAAAAGGUGCAUUUCCCCCUUCCUGUGCAGUUCCACAUCAGGUUGGGCUUGAUGAGCAAUGGAGCAACUGAUUUCUGAUAGAAGACAGACUUUUUAUUUUAAGUAAAGUACCUUUAAUGUAAAAUUGCUCUUAGGUGAAAAAAGGACAGAAUCAGGUUAAUAAAAACAUUUUCACAUACACAUACAAAACAUACUGACCAUUGCAUAUUUUCAAUUUUGAUGUCAUGGUUUUGCAGUUGAGAAUCAGAUUCCUUUUAUAUAAAUACAAAUGACAGUUCAGAAUAUGUGAAAUAAAACCACUUACAAAUGAAUCUGCUGAUCUUUAAACAUUUGUUUAAUAACUCUUCAAUCGCACUGUAAUUUUUUUUUCCUGUCAUACUUAAUUCAAGUUUAACACUUGUUUUUGUUGGGGUUUUUUUUCUUUACCUAAUUUAGCUUGUAUUUGAUAACAACUUAAGAAAAUGCUGGAUUGAAUUGUUUUCAAUAAACUAAUGCUUUCUGAUUUAA